AACCGCAUUUUUCACUCACUACCUCCCCCUAAAACUCCAAAAUUACGAAUCAAUGGAAUCUACACCAAGAACUUCCUUACUUCAUCCGAAUCCCUAACUAGACCCCGAACCAACGCCAUGCCAGAUCCAGGACCAGACCCAAAACGGAAGCCGAGGCCACCCCCAAAGGUCCCAGUCGAAUCUCACAACCACCUAAUCUUCGAUGCUUGGAAUUCCACCUCAACAGGGCAUCAACGCGCCGAGAAUCCGUACUCAGGCACAACAGCCUGGCGGGAGACGCGGUCCCGCAAGCUCUCCUCCCAAUUCCGGAGCGGGAACUGCUUGCCUAAUGAAUCGGAAACGCAGCAGUCGGGCACAGGGAAGAGGGAAUGGAGGUGGGUUUCAGAGGAUGAUGCCAGACGGAGUCAGUUGGGAGUGAGGGAUAUUCGAAACUUCAUGGUCGUGGGCAAGAGGAAGACCGAUAUCGAAGCUGGAGAGACUCACAAGAAGGCGAAGGUGGAUAAGGGAAAGGAGAACUCGCCGUCAGCAAUACCAGCAGACUCUCAGCAGGACCCCACGGAUUCGAAAUUGCACAUCUCUUCACAUAAACCUAAUACACCCAAACCAUAUACUCUCGAUACCAAGUCUACCCCGGACACGAAUACUACCUCGUCUUCAACUUCAACACCACGCUCAUCAGACCAAAACCCAAAACCAAAAUCAAACAUCUUCGUCGGAACAACAAUCUACGUAAAUGGCUCGACCUUCCCCCAAAUCUCAGACCACAAACUCAAGCACCUCCUCGUCUCGCACGGCGCCAACAUCUCCAUUAACAUGGCGCGGAAGAGCGUGACUCAUGUUAUUGUCGGACAGCCGAACACAGGUGCUAAUCUAGGUGCAGGGGGUGGUCUUGCAGCACGGAAACUUCAACAGGAGAUUGUGAGGGGUGGGUGGAAGGGUGUUAGAAUUGUUAGUGUUGAGUGGGUGCUGGAGAGUCUCAAGGCCGAGCGCCGACUAUCUGAAUCCAGAUUCGCUGUUGUGCAUGUUGCGGCGAAGGGGCAGAGGAGUGUACGGGGGAUGUUUGGGGGAUAG